UUCAGAAUUCAGUUUCAGGUUUCAGCAGAGGCUGAUGUCGGGUUAUGUUGACAUAAAGAAACGGCUUUGUCAAAAAAUCCGAAAAUCUUGUUCGCUUUUAUUCUAAUUUUCGUGCAAUUUUGACGCACGCGUUGCUUACCUCGCCAUUAUUUUCAACUUUAUUUACGUGUGGGACUGGGGAAUGGGGUGAAGAUGUUAAAACUAUACACAUGUCAAGCGAUGUGUAAGGGAGAUCAUACUAUUUUGCCGUGAUGAGUCUGAGUUGCUGUUUGUUGAGGACAACAUGGAAGUUGCAGACAGCGGUGGUGGGGAUGCACUGUUGGAAGGAGUUGAUCCCCCUGCACUGGGUGAUGCUGAUGAAAAUGUAACUUAUGCAAGCAUUUCAACGGACUCGAGAGUGCCAACUCAACUCCCUAUCACAGUAUUAUCAGCUUCUCAUUCAAAAGCAUCAAGUUCUCUGGCUCAAUCACCUGUUAUUCCUCACAGUAAGAGGUCCAGCGGAAGCAAACAUGCAUUACGCCAACAGGCCAAAAGACGUCGUAAAAAUACAACUAUAGCAUCAGGGCUCCACCAAGCUGGUGCCACCCUUACUGGAGUAAAUGUUAGGUCACUUCAAAGCCAGCACAUAGUGCAGCGGCAGCCUUAUGGCAGCCUCAGUCAAUCCACUCCAAAAGUUCAGUCUAGUGACACUGAGAAACACACAGGAGAUCCUGAAGUUAUUGAUCUGCUGAAUGAAGAAGAGGAAGUUGUUGUAUUACCUGAUAUAGGCCUGGAUCUGGAUCAUGAGGAGGAGGAUGUCGAAGAAAUUGAAGAACCUGAAGAUGUUGAUGAGGGAGAUGAAGUGGAAGAGAGUCAACAUAUACUUUACGGAGAGGGCACUCCUCAUCAGUCGACAAUGCGGGAGGUCUUGGCAUCAAUCCCUGGUUUUAGAAUGAGGCGGAACAAACGUGGCUUAAAGAAGAGUACAAAACGAAGCACCCAAAAAUUAUCUGCUGCAGCCCAGCUACGUCAGACUGAGGAAGGGCUUAUUGACCUUGAAACCCCAGACUCAAUUCUUGUGAAUACCAAUCUUCGGGCUCUUCUCAACAAGCACACUCUUAGUAUGUUACCACCCCUCUAUCAACACAAACUAACUCAAUUAUUGCCAUCGGUUGAUCGAGUUCACAGUGCAGUUGGACUAAGCAAAAUUGCGUCAUCAGGCCUCAACAAUGAAUUUUUUGCUCGUGGUUGCCAAGAAUGGAGAGACAGACUUGCUGAAGGAGAAUUCACUAGUGAGAAUCAGCAGAAAUUAAGAGCUGAAGCUGAAAGAGAAAAGAACCGUUUGGAUCCAUGGAAGCUGAAACAUUUUGAACCUAUAUGGGGAUGGCGACAUCGGCCAGCACCGCAACCUCCACCUCAACCUCCACCCGAAAAUAGCACAGAACAUGGCACUCGAGCACCCAUCCGCACUACAAUUAAGCUACGGAAUACCAACACGGUCUCUUCUACUACUGAAAAGCCGGCACCAGCGCCAGCUCCCGUUGACCCAGUCCAGCUAGCGCGUCGCCUCCGCUCAAACGGAGCUGUCACCCGCGCUGUGUCCAAUUACCGAGAUGUUGUUGCAAAUGCCUCUACCGGUCCUGUACAGACCGCUUCAAACCAUGCAGCCUCCUCUGUGCCUGCUACAUCUCAAGUGUCUCUUUCACCAUCUUCAGCAGCAGUUACGACUUCUUCAUUGUCAUCUGUAUCACCUGUCAAAGCAACUUUUGAGUCGACUGAGGCAAAACUACCUGGAUCAGUCACAUCAUCACCAGUAUCCCUAUCUGUUUCUGUGGGAUCAGGACUUUCAAAUUCACCAAAGUCCAACCUUACUGAAACAGUAUCCAUGAACAAAGCUGAGAUUCAUGAUGUAAUAGAAAAAGAUCCUGAUGAGGACUUUGGUAGCAGUUUUGAUGAAGCCAUUGAAGCUGAUGUAGAAAUGGUGCUGGAGUCUGAUGAAAUGAAAUCAGAGGAUGCACCUUGUUAUUUAGAACCUGAAUCACAUUCUCAGAAAAGAUCAAGAGAGACAGAGAUAGGAGAAAAUGAUGAGGAGGGACGCAAAAAGCUUUGCUCAUCUAAUAUUGGUCAAAGUAAUACCCCAGAUCUAGAACUAUCACCAAGAGCUGCUGUUGAAACAUGGAAUGAAUCUGCUGAAGCUGAUGAUGGUGCGAGCCUCAUUGAAAUGGUUACAGUAGAAGCUGAUGUCAGUUCAGUUUUUGACGAGACGGAAGCUGAGGCAGAAGAAUCAAUUCUGAGUGAAGACAGAACUAUGGAUGACGUAUCAAGUAUGGAAAUGGAUGCAGUUGGGACACCGGAUAAGGAGUCAGAAAACCGUGGGGAUAGUCCUGAUCAUUCUUCUACUCCCUCCCUAGAAGAAGCAAAUUUUGAUGUGUCAAAAGAUAGGCACACUGAAAAUGAGGUGCUGAUAAAUAUCAGCUCAGGUUCCACUGAUAUGUCUGAGACUAAAUCUGAGACCAAGUCUGAGGACAAAUGCAAGGAUUUGUUCUCAAACUUUGAUGACAUGUUUGAUGAGGAUAAAUACAACUGUGAGAAUGUAGAUGAAGACAAUGUCAGGGGUUCAGAAAGUGACAAACAUCACCCUUGUGAGACUAGUGCCUCUUGUGUAGAUGAAGAAAGAGACACUUUAUUUAAAGAUGACGAGGGUGAGUCAAAAGAAAACAAACAAGAAUGUGACCUUAAAGAUUUUGUAAAAAUUGAUUAUGAUGAAUAUGAGAAUAAGGUCAAUGUUGUUAAUGUCAGUAGCAGCAGCGCAGACUCUCGUGAGUUCUGUGUUGAAAUUGUUAAAAAUAAUGUAGAAGAAGUUUUGUCUGAAGCAGAAGGGGAGAUAGGCAGUGACUGUGUUACAAUUGAGGAGUUAGCUGGUGCUAGUGAAGUUGACGAAGAUGAUGUGGAAGAUGAAAAUGAUGAGUAUCAAGCAACAAGUUUGUCCAAAGGUCAUGAUGACUACUUGGAACCAAACCAAGUUUGUGAAGAAUACAACUUACAAACAGAAAUGCGGGGGAGCCCAGAUGAACCACUUGAGACCAGCACACAAGCAAAGAAAAUAGAAAUGCAAGACCUUGUUGGAGAUGAUGAGGAUGGUGAUGAAGAGGGUGAUGAUGAUGUUGAAGAACAAGUGGCAGAAGAAGACCAAGGUCAUGAGCAGGACGAAACAGGGGAAGUGAGUGAUGAUAAUGAUGACAAUGAAGCAAUGGAUGACAAUAGUGAUGCUGAAUCUCCUGAUUGUGCAAUCUCAUUGGGAAAAGCCUAUGUAGAUAACAGUGAUUUAUCCUCGACAAGUGCACCUCAAAUUGACUCAGAUUGGGAUGGAGUUGACUCUAGCACAGAGAAGCUUCUGGAAGAUUUAGAGGCACAGGCCAAUGCUGUGAGUGCACUGGAUAGAAUAGGAGAAAGCAGUGUUUCAGCAUUAUCAGAAGAGGAAGGACUGCAAGCCCGAUUAGGUGGAAAUACAUUCCCGCCUACAUCAUCAUUGCCUGUCCCAAAUUUACAAAUGUUUGCAUCUGGAAGUAAUGCUUCUGCCAGUGGUGCGAGUCAUGCCCAAGCUAAUGUGAACCACUCUUCAAGAGGAGUUGACAUUAAUUUGUCGACACCUGGGAUGUCAUCCGUUCAGUAUCCAGAAGUUUCAACAGAACAACUAAAAUUGGAGCUGGAAGUUACCCUUGCUCCAGAUGUUGUUUCAUGUACUGAGGGCACAGUUAGCUCCAGCAGUGCCCACUCUUCUUUGUCCAAUGUUAUGGCUUCAACAAUUACACAGUCAAGCGCCGUUCCUAUAAUGAAAACAAAUGUUGCUGCGCCACUCCUUCCUCCAAAUGCAGGGCUUCUUGUUAGAACUGCAGGCAGUAACAUCGUUAGUUCGAGUGCUGUGCCUGCUGUGCCAUACUUGGCUGUGACAGGCAAUACUCCGCUGCGAGCUAUCGCCACCCCUUCCACCCCUUCUCCUGCAAUAUCGCAGGUGGCUCCACAAUUUAGGCCAAAGCUAAGAAGUAAAGAUGCAGGCCUCUCUUGCAAGACCCGCCGGAACAAUUCCUCAAAACCACCACCUGGAGCUGUGAAUUUGGAAAGAAGCUACCAAAUAUGUCAGGCUGUGAUCCAGAACUCACCAAACCGAGACCAGCUUAGGUUUCAGUUGAAACCCCCUCCAUCACUGCUAGCAAACACUGCUGGUAAAUCAUCAAGUGACAUACCACAAGAAAAGGCCAGCUCUACACAAACCCAGUAUGGAGCUGUUACAUCAUCUCGAGGACCUAGAAACGUGUCACCGAAUGUUCCCCCUACAAUAGUGCCUAGCGCUGGACCUGCCUUAAUAGUAAAGCAAGGAAAGACAAGACAACCCUCUCCCCCUGUUUUGCUCAGACAAGUCUUCACCUCACAGCAAGGCAUACCUGUUACAAUGGCUAUGCUUCCCCAGUCUCCAUCGGCACCAUCUUCUGAGGGAGGUGAAAACAUAGCUCCUGCUGUUGGUCAAAUGGCUCAGUAUAUUCUUCUCCAACGGACUGAUCAACGAUCUCUUAAGCGUGGAGCACCACCUCGAGCCUCUAGUGCACCUCCUUCCAACCAUCAGUCUGUAAGCGGAGUGGCUGGAUUAGCUCGGGGCCGGCCGUCAAGCGUUGAUGCAGAUUGUUCUCAGCCACAUCAGCAAGUGUAUGGGCAACAGCAGGGGCCAAGUCCAGGUAUUCAAGCAGUAACAAGAUGUGGACCAGAGGGCUACUCUGUACCGGCUUUACCCGAUCACAUUCCCGGCGCCUAUCCGCAGGUGAUUGCACAGAGUCAAGAACUAGGUCAAGCACAAGGCCAGGGCUCGGGGAGUGCCCACACUGCUCAGGGGCUGCAAGAUCAUCCACAGGAAGCAAUGGGUGAGGCAAACGGUCAGAAGAAUGACUGUGCUUGCAACUUAAAAGCCAUGAUAAUGUGUAAGCAGUGCGGUGCUUUUUGUCAUGAUGAUUGCAUUGGGCCAAUGCAUCUGUGUGUCAUGUGCCUGAUAAGAUAGAUUCAAAACCAAAUUUAGCACUUCUCACAUGGUUAAACUGUUGUUACAGCCUGCAUAUAUAUAUAAAUAGUACAUAUUUAUUCAAAUACUUACAUAUAUAUUUAUAUUUUUGACAUUUUUGUGAAAAAUGGAAACUAGACUGACAUUUUUUGCUGUUCAAAUAUCUUACAUUGCCCUUUUCAAAGCAAAUACUGUACAUUUUUUACAUCACAAAAAUUGACUGUAAUUAUUUAAGUCAAUAGCCUGCAGUCUGAGUGCAUAUUAAUUAAUCUGAAUCUCUCCCCUGUGAGAAAUAUUAGGAACAACAGGAAUGUACCAGAAUUCAGUUUCUAAAACUUUGUGGUAGAUGUCAUUCAAAACAAAAGAAAUUGAAAUUAGUACUGCAAAGUAAGUGAGAUUUGAUUGUUUUCUUCUGUCAUCAGAUCAGUACUUCAAUUGUUUGUUUCCGGCUGAUUUUUAGGUUUAAAAAUCAGUAUGGAAAUUAUUGGAACCAGCAAAACAAGUUUCACUUUCUGGCCUAUUAUUUUGUGGAGGCAAAGUUAAUAGGAAAGACGUUCAGAGCCAUCUCAAAUCGUUCUAAUGUGUGUCCAAGCACUGAUUUCACUUUUCAUGUUCAAAUAUUCAUAGAGAGUAGAGUGCUGAAGUACAAAGUAGAGUAUCUCAUUAGAAACAUACUCUUAUUAUUAUUGUGUAAAGCUUUUUCAUACCAAAAAGUAUCUAUUUUUAGUUCUCUCUUUGUUAAAAUUUCGUUUUUUACUAUCACCUAAAUAAAGUUGUUUCUUCAGCAGUUGAAGAGAGCUUGAAAGAAGGACAUCAAUGUUGUCCUGUUGUUGCUUUGUGGCUUUAUAUUUUAUAUACUAUUAGAUUGUAUCCAUCAUAUUUUGGCCAAAUUUAUGACCAUCUCGAACACACUCAUUGUAUAUAUUUGUACAGGUAUAGAUAGUUUGAAUGCAUUUGCUCAGUGUUUGCACAUGUAAUGUGCAUAAUUUCCCCUUUGAAAAUCAAAAUUACGAUUGUAAACAAAUCAUGACUUAUAAAUUAUAGAUUUUAUUGUAUUCGGAUAUAGUUGUUACCAAAUGUCACUACCACGUCUUCUUUGUCCAACAAAUUCGUAAAGUGGUUUGACUGAUUUCGAGUGUCUCAAAACUGCUCAGGGUACUAUUAUAGGACCACUGGGUCAGAGUGUUGUCUUGAUUGUUUCUCAGUUCCUUUUUCGUGUACAUAAUUUUACUUCAGCAUUCUUGUUAGUACGAUGAUGUAGUGUGUCGUGUGUGAUUUGAUUUAAUGCUUUGUCCUGUAAAAUCUAGAGUUUGUUACACCUGUCAUGUACAUACUUAUCAAUUUAGUUCUUAAGCUAAUCCUAUCUUUGAUGCGGCGGCAAUUUUUGAAAACUAUUUUAACAAUCUAACAAAAAAUUUGCUGACUUCUGUUUUUUUUUGGAGAUAUUGUUCUAGUAAGUAACAAUUUUAUUUCUCAUGCUUCUUUCUUCUAUUCUAGAGACAUUUUCCUGUCCUGAACUGUGGAUGAGAUAGGAAGGUGUGAUCACUUGAGAUCUCAUUUCUGACUUGCAAUAUUGUUGUUUUCUGUCUUAUAAUGGAAAUUUUAUUGUAAAUUUUAUGUUUAUUUCUGACAUUAUAGCUGUUCUUUGAUUUGUUUCACAUAUUGUUAUCUAGCAUGUUUAUUUUAAUGUUUCUUCCUGAUGGAAGGUUUUCUUGUGAUGGUAAGAGCAGUAGCAUAUUAACAUUGUGAGCUCAUCUUAUUUUAAAAAUUUGUAGUGUAACACGGAAAGUCUAGCUUUUACUCAAUGCAAUGCAGGCUUGGCUCAUGCUGUCAGAGCUGUUAAGCUAAAGCAAGGAAGAUCAGAGAAAGAGAGAGAUAAUAGACUUGGAGAAAGUGAUUAUAACAGAUGCUUGCAGCAUUAGGUUUGCUACAAAUGUAUCUUAUUUUUAAACAUUCAGUUCAUUACUAUAUUCUGUUUUCUGGGCUAGUUUUAACCCCUCCCCAUCCUUUAAUAAUAGGAAUCUAUAAGCAUAAAUACAAAUUUUGGGAGGGGGAUAGACCUAAACUAGCCCUCCAUGUGGUUUACCUAAACAGAGACUUACACGAAGUGUACAAUGCAGCUAAACAUGUUUCCUUGUUUGUAAAUUUUAAACAUUUUCGAAGGAUGUCAUUGGCACCUGUGAUCUUUUUUCAUUCCUACUUCCUAAAAUAUUCACAUUUGUAGCAAUCCCAUGCCUACUUACUUGCUUGGUUUGCAGUCUGCUUGUCCAAACCUGGUUGAAUUGAGUGCAGUUAAGAAGUGCGCCUAUGACCCUAAUUUAUAUCCCCCUUUAAAAAAAAAUGUAUACACCAAAAAUGAUGUAUAAACUAAUUUGAAAGAAA